UCUCGAAAGUUCUCCGUACGUGGCCUUAGAACAGGGAUCUUCUAGAUGCUGUGGUAGGAUCGAGAAAGUUCUCGUUUAAUGAAUAUACCUAGUAUAUAGACCUAGCAAGAGUUAAUUGACCCAGAUUGAUUUAGGUGUAUAAUUUGUUCAAGCAAGAAUCGUAAAAAUGGGAAAAAAUUAUUACAAAGUAUUGGGAGUGAGUCGCGAUGCAAAACCCGAUGAAAUCAAGAAGGCUUAUAGAAAAUUGGCGCUGAAGUUCCAUCCAGACAAGAAUAAGGCACCAGAUGCUGAGGAUAAAUUUAAAGAAAUAAGCGAAGCUUAUGAAGUGCUAAGUGACCCAAAAAAGAAAGAGGUAUUUGAUUUGUACGGAGAAGAAGGUUUGAAAGGCCAACCUGCAGCAGGACAGGCAAACUUCGAUUUCGGUGGCAAUGGACAGGCCUUCAGGACUUUUACAUUUACAAGUGGAGACGCUCGCGAAACAUUUGCAAAAGUUUUUGGUGAUGAGAGCCCUUUUGCAGAUUUGUUUGGCAAUGGGUUUAUGUUUGGUAGUGGGGGUAUGAAUGACUUUGGAUUUUCGAAUUUCGGUUCUACAAGAGGAAGUAAAAGCACAAAUUUUCACAAUCAUAUACAUCGAUCAGACACACCGAUGGAUGCUGACUACCCAGAUAUGAAGUUUCACAGUAAAGCGAAAAUGAAAGAUGCCCCAAUAGAGAGAGAAUUAUUGCUAAGCCUUGAAGAAAUAAACAAUGGCUGUGUAAAGCGAAUCAAGAUCACAAGAAAAGCUCUAAGUCAGGAUGGGGUGACGCAGAGAAAUGAAGAGAAGAUACUGACUAUAAAUGUGAAGAAAGGUUGGAAACAAGGAACAAAAAUAACAUUUGCGAAUGAAGGAGAUCAGUUCCCAGGACGAAUUCCAGCAGAUAUAGUCUUUACAGUAAAGGACAAGAAGCAUGAAAACUUUUCUAGAGACAAUGAUAACAACUUGUUGUACACAUCAAAACUAAGUCUUCGUGAUGCAUUAUGUGGAGUUGUUGUUACUAUACCAACCUUGAAUGGCAAAAGACUAAAACUUGAAUUUAGUGAUGUAGUAAAGCCAGGUACUGUUCAAACUAUAAAGGGAUAUGGGCUACCAUUACCAAAGAAUCCAAAUCAGCAUGCAGAUUUGCUUAUACACUUUGACAUAGAAUUUCCUAACAAUUUAGGAGAACAUGUUAAAGAUACGCUUAGCUGUGUCUUGCCAAAAUGAAUUAUCUGUUAAAUACAUGCUUGUGUUGUUGUAUGAAUGUGUAAUUGUAAAGUAUCUUAGCAAUAUCUAGGUUGAGGCAAAGAAGAGUAAUUUAUUUUAACAGGUUUAUCAAUAAAAUGAAAGCUUGA